AUGGGUCGUCAAGGAGUACCAGGUGGAAUGGGACCACAAGGUCCAGCUGGCCAAAAGGGAGCCCUAGGUGGAAUGGGUCGUCAAGGAACACCAGGUGUAAUGGGGCCACAAGGUCCAGCUGGUCAAAAGGGUACGGGUAGUCAAGGAGCACCAGGUGUAAUGGGGCCACAAAGUCCAGCUGGCGAAAAGGAUCACGAUAAAGUUACACACGGUGAUUUAAGAAAACAAUUAUUUGAUAUGUCAAGUAAGUGAAUGUUAUUUUAUUAUAGAUACCGAAGAAUAGGUAACCUGUCAAUAUUGGCCGAGGGUCUAUGAAGAGAUAAUGCCCCGUUUCUGGCACUAA